AUGCUUGUUCCGAACUCUCGCCUGCCGAUAAGGCCAGGCCGCACCGUCUUCGUCUUUGCUGGCAUAACGGCACUGUUUCUAUGGCAGCUCUACAUCCUCGACACGAUACAGCCCGUGCAGAUAGCAAAGACGCUCUUUGGAGGGCAGGCAAACAUUGAGGCUGCCAAUGCCACACUUGGAUUCCAGACAAUCAUCGCCAUAUCCUCCGAAGAUACAUCCAAGCCGGGCGCAUGGCGUCAACACGGCCUCCUCGCGGCGGCGAAUCGGACAGGUCUAGCAAUCAACGUACACCAGUCACGGCACGUUUCGGACAAGGAGCUACACGCCUUCAUGCAACAUAAGUCGAAGAGCGGCGAGUCGCCACGUACAGGCAGCGCAAGGGCGUGGCUGGCACACGUGGACGCACUCAAGUACGUUCUCGCGCACGACAUCAACACCGCCCUGAUCCUCGAGGACGAUGCCGACUGGGACGUCCGCAUCCGGCAAAUACUCGCACCAAACGCAGCGGUACCAUCGCUGGUGCGCGAGAUCCUAGACGACGGCCACAGCGACAACAACAACAACAACAACAAAAAAUCUCCCUCGAACGCCACCAUCAGCGGCAACAACAACAACACCAACGCCGACAACAACUCCACCCUCCCCUACACCCUCGGCUACGACAUCCUCUGGCUCGGCCACUGCGCCUCGGUCAAGACCCCGCACUCGCGCCAACUCGACACGCUCGCGGACGCGGCGUCGCUGCCGCCGGCCAACCGCCUGCGCGCCCUCGCCGACCGCUACGCCUACACGCCCCUGGAAGACGGCACGCGCAGCGUCAUGCGCUCGCCGGGCCCCACCUGCACCUUUGCCUACGCCGUCACCCGGCACGGCGCCGCGCGCAUCCUCGAGAUGGCGGGCGGCGAGAACGGCGGCGCGGCUUUCGACAACGAGCUGGGCGCGGGGUGUGCCAUGGGAGAAGAGGGGAAGAAGCCUGGCUUGAGGUGCGUGAGCGUUGCGCCGGAGUUGUUUCAUCAUCAGCGGGUUGUUGACGGUGGGGAUGGGAGGGGUGGGAGUUUGGUGGAGGGGAUGAACUGGGGGGAGGAGGCAGAGGAGGCGGAAGGGGAGCUGAAGAGUAGGAUGCGGAAGAAGGUUAAAGCGGGUGAAGGUGUUGGUGAACGGAGGUCUAUCACGCUUAACAUCAUGUACAGCGCCAGGUGUAAUGCCGAAAAGGGUGAUGGAGAGUUGGUUGAGUGUAUGCCGACGGAUGAGGAGCUGGAUCGGUACACGACGUGA